AUAUUGUUCCACGUAGCCUGUCUGUUAAUUUUUAUGUAACCGAAGCCGAACCCCCCAUUAUUCCGUAUAAUAUUAUACAUUAAAACUAAUUAAUUGACACGAUUGCUAAACCAGAUUGUGGAUUAUAUUUCAAAUAGCCCGGAGUCGAACAUUGAAACAUUCUGUUUUAGUUCGACCGUUUAGAUAGACGCUCACUUCGGUUUCUCGCGUAUCGAACGUCGGCCUAACUUGAUAGUAUUAUACAUAUUUUAUAACUCUUUAAAGUAAUUUAAAACUAUUUUAUUUUAUUUUUUUGUGAACGUUCGACGACAAUGGCGAAAAUCAGUGCCGGACCCGUUGUUGACAUUUUGGGUGAUGAGAUGACCCGCAUCAUCUGGGAUUUGAUCAAGGAAAAACUCAUCCUACCAUUCUUGGACAUUGAGCUCCAUGUUUAUGACUUGGGCAUGGAAAACCGAGACUUAACCAAUGAUCAAGUGACAUUAGACUGUGCCGAAGCCGUGAAAAAAUAUAAUGUCGGGAUCAAAUGCGCCACGAUUACGCCUGACGAAAAGCGAGUCGAAGAAUUCAAGCUGAAGAAAAUGUGGAAGAGCCCCAAUGGCACCAUCAGAAACGUUCUUGGAGGUACAGUGUUCAGAGAAGCCAUUAUAUGCAAGAACAUUCCUAGGCUGGUUACUGGAUGGGAAAAACCUAUUAUAAUCGGAAGACAUGCUCAUGCUGAUCAAUAUAAGGCUACAGACUUCAUCGUUCCUGGAGCUGGCAAACUUACAUUGACAUGGACCUCUAAUGACGGUAAAGAUAAAAUUGAUGAAGUCAUCAAUGAUUUCAAAGGUGCAGGAGUAGCAUUAGGAAUGUUUAACACAGAUGCAUCUAUUACUGAUUUUGCGCAUUCUUCAUUCAAGUUUGCUUUAUCAAGGGAACUUCCAUUAUAUUUGAGUACUAAAAACACUAUCUUAAAAAAAUAUGAUGGUCGUUUCAAAGACAUUUUCCAGGAAAUUUAUGAUUCACAAUACAAACCAUUGUAUGAAGCCAAAGGUAUUUGGUAUGAACAUAGGUUAAUUGACGACAUGGUGGCCUAUGCCAUGAAGUCUGAAGGAGGAUUUGUAUGGGCGUGUAAAAAUUAUGAUGGUGAUGUUCAAUCAGAUUCUAUUGCUCAGGGUUAUGGUUCAUUGGGUUUAAUGACAUCUGUAUUGAUUUGCCCUGAUGGUAAAACUGUUGAAUCAGAAGCCGCACAUGGCACUGUCACGAGACAUUAUCGUAUGCAUCAACAAGGUAAAGAAACAUCUACUAAUCCAAUUGCAUCCAUUUUUGCGUGGACAAGAGGAUUGUUGCAUAGAGCAAAAUUGGAUAACAAUCAACAAUUGGAAGACUUUGCCAACAAAUUGGAGGAAGUUUGCAUUGAAACAAUGGAAGCUGGAUUCAUGACUAAAGAUUUGGCCAUAUGCAUUAAAGGAAUGAACGGAGUUCAAAGAUCUGAUUAUCUGAAUACAUUUGAAUUUUUGGACAAAUUGGCUGAAAAUUUGAAACUUAAAUUAAAACUCGCAUGCAAAUAGUAAUUAUUGAAAAUAUUUAAGCUUGAAUUUUUGGCUAUGUUUUAUUCUAUUUAUACGUAAUAAUAAUCGUUUAUUUAUUCUUUUUUUUUUUAUUUUUAAGAUUUUGGUUUCUUCAUUGUGCCAUAGUUAGAUAGAACAAUUUCAUAUUAUAUUUCUUCUGAUUGGUGGUAGUUAUUAAUUUUUACAUCAUUAGUCCAAAUAAAAUUAGGUGUAGGUGCAUAUUUUGGAACUACUUCAAUUUAACGAGACUGAUGAUAAAUUUUAUCAAAAAACAUAAAUAUAUUUCUUACAACAAACAUUAUAUACCGUGUUGUCAUUAUUACUAAAAAUAAAAUUUGCAUGUUACAUUAUCUUAAAAUUAUACUAUUUUAUUAUUUUAUUAAAAUUCAUAAACGUCAGAA